UUUCGUUUUCGUUUUCAAAAUAUUUUAGUAAAAGCUGUUGUCCUUUUGAUGAUAAUUUCUGUUCCAAAUAUCGUUCAAUUGGCGAGGGCUCAUCGGGGCUGUACCAUCAUUCCCGUGGCAUUAUUUACUUUCAAUUUUCACUACGUUGUUGUCACAAACCGGAGAAGAAUGCAUACAAAAGCUCGUGGACCUAACUAUCCUGGGACAUCCCUGGUGAAGAAGUGUCAAGUUGGAGAUGAGUUUGUCAAGUGGAGUGUUGCAUACAAUGAUUACAAACCAGUCGAGUACACCAGUGAUACUGUUUUGAGUAAACCCUUGUGGGCAGAUCCAGACAUAAGCCAAUGCAAACCAGAACCAGCUUUUCAGUACAACAGCAGAGAUGAUCACUACAAUGUUGAUAGAACCAGCUUUACAGGAAAAUACCAAGUUAUUGACGACAGACCCAGGAAUCCAAUGGGUCGUACAGGCAUGACUGGCAGGGGCCUUCUUGGAAGAUGGGGACCAAACCACGCUGCUGAUCCCCUUGUAACAAGGUGGAAAAUCAAUGGUAAAGGCCAGCGCGUACAAGAGAAUGGAAAACCAAUCCUGGAAUUUGUUGCAAUCAAAAGGAAGGACAAUGAACAAUGGGCCAUUCCUGGGGGUAUGGUUGACCCCGGCGAUACAGUCUCAGCAACAUUGAAAAAGGAAUUUGGAGAAGAAGCUCUCAACUCACUAGAACUUUCAGAGAAAGAACAAGAAAAACUGCACAGCAUGUUGACGAAAUUAUUUCAGAAAGGACAAACGAUUUGGAGUGGCUACGUGGAUGAUCCGAGAAACACAGACAACUCAUGGAUGGAGACGGUCGCUGUGAACUACCAUGAUGAGCUGGGUGAGGUGUUCAGAAAGUUUCAGUUGCAGGCAGGGGACGAUGCGGGUGAUGUGAGGUGGUUAGAGGUACGAGGGGAUAUCGAACUAUAUGCCAGCCAUAAGGACAUCCUCGAAAGAACAGCAAGAUUUCAUUUUGCAUUUUGGUGACCAAAAUGAUCCAGUUCAAUCAAUUUUAAGACUUUGAAACGACUUUCCUUAUUUAUAACUGUAGGUUUUAACAAUUCUCAGGUUUUAUUUGUCUGUAAAUAGGCAUAGAACUUCUUACCACAACUAAAUUACCAGUCAUGCAUGGAUAUGGGUGGACACAUUCCAAGGCGGUAGCGCGCAAGAGGUUUGCUCAGUAAGAGGUUUGAUAGAGAUAGAAAGAGAAAAGAACUCCCUCCUAUUUCUAUAAUCAUAGAGGUUUAAACUUUCUUGUGUGCUAUUGAGUAUAAGAUAGUUAUCUUCAAAAGAGGCUAUCUGAAUUAUUUUAUUUAAAAUAAGACCUCGUAAUUAUUUUAGGCGCUAGC